CAUCCGGUAGAAUAUCUGUCUCAUUGUUCUAUCUGUGGCUCAAUGGUUCCCAGUUCCCAGUUGUUUCGAACGCGACAUGUCUCAAGUGUGUGUUUAAGAUCCAACCGGUGAUGUCACGCAUCUAAAUUUACAUUUGUGUAAACGGUGUAACAACAGUGUGGGAGGAGAAUCAUCAUGAAGACUCUGCUGGUGUUUGACUUUGACGACACCUUGGUGGAUGACAACAGUGACACCUGGGUCAUUCAGUGUAUCCCGGACCAAUGCCUGCCAGACCUGGUCAAGAACUCCUACCAGAAGGGACGCUGGACAGAGUACAUGGGCAGAGUCAUGUCCUAUAUAGGAGACCAGGACAUCAGCCCCGAUACAAUCCGAAGUGUGAUGGAGACAAUACCGUUUACAGAUGGAAUGAUUGAACUGUUGACGUUCAUUGUGAGUAACAAGAACGACAUUGACUGCAUCAUCAUCUCAGAUUCAAACACCGUGUUCAUCGACUGGAUACUGCAAGUGGCUGGGGUUCAAGCCGCGGUCGACCAAGUCUUCACCAACCCGGCUACGUUUGACAAGCGUGGAUACAUGGAGAUAGAAUGCUACCAUUCUCACCAGUGUAGCCAGUGCCCUGUCAAUCUGUGUAAGAGGAAAGUGCUGGCUGAUUUCCUAGCAGGGCAGUUGAAAGGAGGGGUAGACUAUCAGAGAACUUUCUAUGUAGGGGACGGAGGGAACGACCUUUGCCCUUCCAACAGUCUAAGGGAAGGAGAUGUGGUGUUCCCUAGAAAGGGGUACACCUUGGAGAGGCUGCUCUCUAGACAGAGUGCACAACAAGGAGAGGGGUCAUCCAACCCAAGAGUCAUAGGAUGGACAAGUGGAAAAGAGAUCCUGAUGGAACUGAAAGCAUGUGUUCCCCUGUAGGGAUAGUGUACAGCUCUUUCUCAUACUAAAAUAAGUGUACUUGCAACGAUAAAAAGUAUACCAAAUGCUUGAGAGGGAAGGAUUGUGAUUGUGUCUUUGUCCUGUUUUGAAAAGUUUUUGAAAAUUCUGUUUUAAAUCUGUGGGACUGUAUCACAUCACUUUCUCAGGUUCAGAUGCAAAUUAAUGUACAUCUUUGUUUUUGUCUUUAGCAAAUGUAGAGAGAAACAGAACCCAGGAGACAGAAAAGGAAAAAACGAAUCACACCUGUAAAUUACAUGUUAUAACUGUUUAUAAUCAAAUCUAUAUUCUAGGAUCUACAGUCAAUAAAAUACAUUGGCAUCACUUUUACUAGGGCACUAUCUAUGUGAAAAAUGUAUUACCAGUCCAGUGUAUUAACAGUCCAGUGUAUUACCAGUGCAAUUAUUUGUUGUCUCUACUAGGCUCUAUUCUGAGUGUUAUGAUAUAAAUGGACGGUUUCUGCUUCAGCAGUGCGGUUUCGUGGACCGUGACCCCGUCUCCCUGCCUCCCAAGAUACCCCUCUGUCUGUCCCUUGUUUGUGUCAAUACGCUGAUAGUAGGACGAGGCGCGGUGAAUGUGAUUGGUCGAACGCUGCUAUUUGCGGCUGGUAAGAUUAUCAGAGGCGCUGCUGUCUGCGGCGGAGAUGCUCUGUCACAACAGCUGAGCGCCUGCCGCGUCAACAUAAAUAGAUAACGAAACUAAAAAGCGGCAUGUCCGUUAUUUUAUAAAAGGACUGUCCGGGGUUUAUUCAAUUGGUUGGUUUCCAAGGGAAUUGCGUAUAAAUAAGGAUCUACAACAGAUGGCGUGUGAUGCCUUUUGACCCGCUCCAAACACAGAAUGCUUUAACAACAGGAUAAUAAACCACGUCGAGCAGGUAGAUAUGUGGCUAUUGUUCAGUGAACUGUGUUAAUGAUCUUCACUCGGGACUAUUUAGAUUGAAUAGUAUUCUGUCAAGUAUAUGUAGGCCUAUGUGAAUGCAUUACAUUGGGUUUUAAAUAAGACUACUAAUAGAUUACAUGAUCAAAUACUCUCUGGAUCCAUUGUAAAUCCAUGCUUACUAUCUGUGCUCAGUAAAUCGUUUUUUGCAAGGUGUUGCUGCUUACAGUAUUGCAAAAUGUUCAUUAUGCAAUGUUUUCUGUUUUAGCAAUAAACCCAAUUUGAUUCUA